GAUAUAUUUCCGAAUGUUGUCAUUUUGUUGUUCAGAUGUAAAUAUUGAAAAUAUAUCAGAGAAUAUUGAAAUAUUAAAGAAAUAAUUCGUAUUCUUAAGCUCGCAAUGGAUUUUGAUAUAGCAGAUAUUUUCAAAUCCAUAAUUUUGGAAAUAGAUGAAAGAACAGACGAUGAAAAUAUUGCAGAAGAGAGUUAUAAAAUCCUCGUUCAAUUUAAUAAAUACCUCGAAGAGGAGGAGAUUAAUUCUAUAGCGUUAGAUAACUACUUACUCUUCAUUUUCAAUAGAGAAUAUGGUAUCAUCAAAUUCAUCAAUAUUAUACUUCAGAAAAAAACGUUCAAAAAGGCUAAGAUACAAUGUUUUGAAUUAUUAUAUUUAUUAGUUAACAAUUUUCCAUCAAGGAUGGAAAAACAUUUUUCAAUAAUGAAUGAAAUAUGUCUUAUGAUGUUGAAAUCUAGUUUUGGCUCUGCUGAUGAAAAAGUUAAGGCUUUAACUCUCAUAUGUUUGAUGUUAACUAAAAUUGAUGUAAACUUGGAAUAUACAAAUGUUUAUGUUGACCUUUACAAGACACUUCAUCAAGUUCGUCAACUCAAGUUGUGUGAAUCUAUAUCUGAGAAGCUUUACGAGUGCUUGGGAUUAUAUGUUAAAUACCUUGAUUAUACCUUAAAAACUGAAGAUACUAAAAAUUUGCAAAAUAUUUUUCUUAUCAAAAUCAAAGAAUCAAAUAGAAAUGAUUCAAAUAAAUCACUAGCUGGAUUAUUUACUGGCUUAGGAUACUUGCAAGAAAUUAUGUCAUUGGAUUCUAUUGAUGAUAAAAGAUAUAUUGAUGACCUGUAUGUAAUAAUAAAAAAAUUGUCACAAGAUGCCUUUAAACUAAGAAUAAAAGUAGCUUGUCGAGCUGCUCUGACAUUCCUCCAAAAAAAUGUAUCACUAUUUAGUGAUAAGAUAUUCAAAGAACAUGAAUUUUGGCACAAAACUCUAAGUAAGUGGCUGUCUACUUUGGGGAUCGAAGAAAAAAAAAUUGGCAGUCAAGUUAUCCUUACCAUAUAUAGAAGUGUUUGCAGACAUUUGAUAGAAGAAAACAACCCUGAUCACAAGGGAAUAUUGAAGGGUUACCUCGAAAAAUUUCGGCAGAUGUUGGAUAAACAAAAUAGCACUAAUUUGAAAAAGCAGAUUUGCAUACAUGGAAUAAAAAUUUUGUUCAAGUCUACUCCCAUACUACUGAGCGACACAGAAAUAUCCAACUUUUCCCUGAAACUUCUCCAUACAUUCAGACUUAAUUAUCUUAUUCAACAAGAUUAUGAGUCAGAUGAUUGGUUUCUGCUUCCCGAUUACAUCCAAAUGAUCACCAGCAUCAUUGUUACCAAAAAAAUUGAAAGGGGAGAGAUUUUCUUCCUAAAGCAGAGUCUCAUAGUGUUGAUAAAACAUUAUUCACAUAUUCCAAUUCUGAACAGAUAUAAAGUAAAUGAAACCUUUUUAUUAGCAAUUUACUCGGUAAAGAGUUGUCACUUUUUCGAAUCGUUCUUAAGAGAUUUGAUGUAUCAAUCAGUUAUCUGGAGUUGUUCACAUCAACAUAUAUCGGAAUUGAAUGAGGAUAAUCGGGAGAUGGUCACAAUAAUGAGUUACCUUCCUUUUUGGAAAGGGAUGUUGAACUCCAAUAAUAAACAGUAUGGAGAUGAUUGUGAGUUGAGUAUCGAAGAAGGAAGAUUGAUCACGGCUCAAAUUGUGGAAAAACUGAUUACCACCUUGUUGGUUUGUGUUGAUAAGCUAGACGUUUCCACAACAUAUAAGGAAAGCAAUUCGACCAGUUUGAAAGGAACAAUCCAGAUCAAUAAGAAAGAUGAUUUCGUGAUAUUUUUGAAUAUCGUUGAUUUCUACGAACGGCUAUUUCAAAUGAUGGAUCUCGAGUUUUUCAAGAAGUACAUCCAUAAGUUGCUGAACUUUUUCAUGGACCAUUCACUCGGAUUUCCCUUAAUCAGUGGCUUUUAUAGAUUGUUGGCAGUUUGUCUCAAAAUUGCCAAUAAACUGAAUUAUUUUGAUAAAAAUGAACAAAAUGAAGUAUUGGUAAAAACUUUGUCGUCCUAUAUGCAUGUCCUACUCUCAAAAAUGAGUCAGUACGAAGACGAACUGCUGAUAUCUUGCUCAAAGGUAUUAUUAGAAUGUCCGGCAAGUAUAAUCGAAGAAAUGCUUCCUUCCUGUGUUCCUGCUUUCAUAACAAUAUUCUCCAUCGGUAGACACUAUUUGCCAGUGGCCGCUCUUGGCAUUCAGACUUUGGAGGCAUGGCAGAAAGGUAUAAAUCAUAAUUUGAUGGAAGAUUUCCUUGGAAAAAUUGUGUAUAAACUGGAUGCUUUCUUGAGGAGCAAGUCUCUGGCAUAUCUGGCGCCAGAGUUUCAAAAGAGUAACAAAUCCAACAAAGUGCUAAGAAAAAGAAAGAUGGCUGUAGAAAUUGAGCCGGAGUUGGUGAAAAUACAGAGGAGAAUCCUACGGUUUCUAGGGAGACAAACCACCACCGUUUGUGAGAAAAUGCUUGAUGGCCAGAGGAUAGUUAGUGAAGUCUGGAGCGAUGUAGAGCAUUUAAAAAUAACCCUGCCUUUUCCAGAUACUAAACUCGAUAUUCACUUGGACCGAAUGGUGCCGUUGUUGGUGGAACUGGCACUUUACAGCAGUGAUCGCAAAACCAGAGUAACAGCCAGCGAAUUGUUGCAAGGGUUGGUGGUUUUGUUUCUUGGAGUAUCAAAACAAAUGACCAAUAAGGAACAAGAAGAAUUGAGUGGAGUGUUGAAAAAAUUUUCAUUGGCAAUUUUGGAACUUGGUUGUGACCCAGACGAAGUUAUAAGGGGUUUGUUUGAGCCACUUGUCUUGCAGAUGAUCCACUGGUACUCCAGUCCUCACCAAACUGGAAAAUGCCAUACGGCUAUUGUAUUAGAAGCACUCAUUGAUGGGGCAUCUUCAUUUACAAACGCAAAUCUUAGAUCAUUUUCCGGAAAAUGCAUAGGAGAAUUUGUCAAAUGGACAAUCAAGCAAUGGUCAGAAGCAAGUCUGCAACAAAACCCCAUUAACAUAAAAAUUUUGAUCAGAAAAAUGAGAUUUCUCUGCUUGCAUCCAGAUAAAUUCAAAAAAUUAGGAGCCGCUUUAAUGUUCAACAAUUUCUAUGUAUUUCUGAGGGAAGAACGAAGUUUACUGAAUAUGUUUUGGAUUGAGAUUUUUGAAAUAUUCGUGUCUUCCUUACAUUAUCUGGAAGAUAAUUUCGAAAGUAAAACUGCAUGUUCGCAGAUAUUCGAUGCUCUGAAACAUCUCCAACGAGGUUUCAUAGAAAAAGCUUCCCUCUUCAGCCAGAGGGAUGAAAAACGUAGAAAACCUCAUGGAUUCCAAGGAACUACCUCUAUAGAUAUCUUAAAGUUCCUGGCAGAUAAUAUUGGAUCCAAAAAUCCUUUGUGUAGAGAAAAAUGUGCAGAAUUAUUUUACUCCUUAUUACCAUGUUAUCCUGAAGCCAAAAACCUUGAAAAUGUUCAGAAUUCAUUAAAAGAUCCAAUGGAUAGUUGGCAUACUAGACAAAUUCGGUUUCAUGAUAUGAAAGAUGUCAAAAUCGAAGAAUCUGUCCAAAGGCUCUCAGAAUUGCACAGAGGAAUUGACCGAUUAAUAUUUCUGUUGAAAAAUGGCACGCUGACUAAUCAAGAUCUAAAUAAUGAAAGCACUGUCCAGAAUUUUUCUUGUUACUUGGAAUUUAUAGUUGAAACAGGCUUUGAGGAUUCAAUCAAUCAACGACAAGAUGAGUUAUUCAAUGAAAAAGCAUUUUUUAUGGAAAGGAACAGAAUAAAUAAGAAAGCUUUAAUUUUACUGCACAGCAUUUUGGAUUUUAAUUGCAAAACUGAUCUUUUAUGGUGCAGAAGUUUAUGGUCUUUGAUAGCAUUUUUGGUAUUCGAUCUUGAAAACAACAUGAAAAAAGAGUUAGAAUGUUUCCUCAAAUCUGCAGUGAACAAAAUGCCCAAAGAAGUACUCGAGGAAAUGAAGGAAACUAUGAAGAUUUAUUUAAUGGAUAAUUUUUCGGAUAAUUUGGAUUUGAACUUCCCCAUAAGCUCCAAGCAAAAUAGAAUUUUGAAUGGAAUGGUUUUCUUGAAAAGCUGUCAUGAACAUUUUAAUUUCAGUCCUUCCUUAUAUCCUCGAAUAGUACAAAAGUUUUUGAGAAAUUGUUUUGAGAUUGGGACUAAGAAUGGCUCUUUAUAUUUGAAUGAUGAAGAAGUGUCCUAUUAUUUUCUGGUUUUACAAUUUGGUUUCAGGAAAGAAUUUGAAGAAAUUGGAAAAUUUCUUUUUAAUCCAGACGAAUUUGAAGAACUGGAAGGUGUGGGGAAGAUUACUAUUGGUUCUUUCCUCCUGAAUACUUUUGAAACUAUAAUAAUUCCACAAUUAUUGGACACAUUUGAUGAAUUCCUGGAAUUAUCAACAAGGAAAAAAGAAAAUAUCUCCAUUUCCAUUUCGUACAUAAAAAGCAUCUUGAAAUAUAUUUCUAGAUCUAAAAAAAAUAUUUCAUGGUCCAAUAUAGUUUUUAACAAACUAUGUGAUAAUUGGGAAUGUUUUAAAAACUUCUUUAGUGAAGAUUUUGAAAAAUUGUUGGAAGGAAUGGAACUAAUCGAAAUGUUGAAUUCUAUUAGGAAAAACAAUUCUCUCAGUACAUCGUUCGUUCUUUUAAUAAUGGAAAAAAAAGAUUUCUCAUCUUCUAAAAGCUCCUUUGAGACUCGUUUGGAAAUUUUGGAGUUCCUUUUUCUGAAUAUAGAUUCAACUUUGGAGGAACAAUAUGCUGUUUCCAUAAGAGCAGCCUUGAAUGAAAUCAUGGUUUAUGUUUCUGAAAAAUCAGACAAGAAUAUACAAAACAUGUGCUUAAUGAAAAUGAGUAAAUUAUAUCAAAUUUUGAGGGAAAGUAGAUCAAUAUUGUUGUUGGAAUUUAUAAUCAACUUAUACUCGAAGUUUCCUGAUUUUGAGCAGUACAUCAAAGACACCAUUAUUUUCCAAAAAUAUGUGAAGAAUCUGUCAGACGAAGAUCAGAUGAAAAUUAUGAAUGUGUUAGUGAAUCACAUGAAGAAUCAAAUGCAUUGGAAAGAUUUUAACAUGGGACUUGGAAAAGACAUUAUGACAAUGGUAUUUCAAAAGACAUCUCUGGAGGCGUUUCAGAGUUACUUUCUCUCUAACAUCAGAUCGAUUAUAGAAGAAUUGCGAGUUGUAACGUCCCAAGAUAAUCUUUGUGUGAAGAUAAUCGAUUUUAUAUUGGUUGAAAUUCUGUUUGCAAGAAUAUCGAUUAUGGAAAAUAACGAUAUUAACCAGAGAAUGAGGUUGGCCGCCUUACCAGAGAGCAAUCCCAAUUCCAAAGAAUUUCUACAGUGCAUUUUGAUGUGCACCUUGAAUAAUUUCCGGGAAAACAUAUGUGUGGAAGCCAAAUAUGAAGAGUUGCUACGGAUCUGUCGUUGUCACUGUUAUAACACCUUGGUCUCAAUUACCGUAAACGGUUUGAAUAACGCCAAUUUCCACGUAAAGUUAUUCACCAGGAUGGAUGGUAACGAAGACAUCCUAUGGAGGAGUAUGGUAGAUUUGAAGAAGACUUAUAAAUUCGAGAAAGAUUUCAACAGUCUUCCCCAGAAGAAAAAGAUCGUGGUCAACAUAAAGAACUUUUCAAAUACGCAAAAUUCCGAUUCAAAUUUCAGCGGGAAUAUUUUGAGGUCCCAAAGAAUAUUCAACAGUUCCCUGAGUGAAGAUAUAACCAAGCACGACAUGAGUAAUGUGACUCUGAGGUCGAAAAUUGAUAUUAAAAAUGAAAAUCCAGUUAUCGAAAUGGAUUAUAUUGAAGUAAAUGAUCAUGAGUGCAUGGUCACAAUUUGUGCGUUAAUUCGUCAUUUGACAGACACAACUUACUUCAGUUAUGAGGAACAAGAACCGGAGAUUCCGCUGUGCUUCAAAGCUUUGAGGAAUGUCCUUAUGAACGACACCACACCUUUGAAUGUUAGAAUAUUUCUAAUCAAAGUGAUCGAGAAUACUUCCCAUGCAUUCUUUCGUUAUUCAAAGUGGUUUCUUGCACCAGUUAUGAAAUUCAUUGCGGACAAAUGUGCUGGAGAUGAAAUGAAUUUCUUCAUAUCUGAUUUGGUGGUGAUGUUGGCAAAUUGGUCUGAAAAGUCCCUACCACAAGACGGUUUUGAAGAAGAUUUAGCAACAAAAGUUAUCCAAUUCUUGUUCGAAAAAUUACCUUCAGAACGAAGGGAUAUUUUCAAAUAUAAUCUGGAGCUUAUUAGAAUACUGAUGGGGGCAUGGAAAAAUAUUAUUCACAUCUCAGACUCCUAUAUAGCUAGUCUUUUCACGUCGAUGGAGACCGAAGAAACAGACAAAGAAGUGAACCUGAUUUCUUUACUCCUUAUCAACGAUUUAUUCCUUUUUGAAAAAACAAUAGUUGAAAAGUUAUUAAUAUCUGUAGAAAAAAAGUUGAGUUCUUCCAAAAAGAGCGCCUUUAUGCCUUGCUCGGAAUUGUUGGGAAUAUUCCUUAAGAAAUGGAAAGAAAAAUAUGUUUGGGAAAAUUAUGAACAUCUGGGGAUCGAAUCCAUGAUUGUAAAAAUCUGGGAAACCGAUUCUGACAAGGGCGGGCUUAUUUUAGAGGGCAUAACCAUCAAUUAUCCAGAGUUUCUCCAGGAAAAACACAUCAUCAGAUUGCUGAGUAGGUUGGGCAAUGUGAUGCCUACUUCUCAGUAUGUGUUCUUGAAAGUUGUCUUGAGGGCAAUACCAGUGUUGGAAUGUGUGAACGAAUUCCGUACAGAGAAUUGGGAAAAAUACAUUAAUAGUGAAAGUGUCGAUGUCCAAAUAACCAGUUUGAGUUUGAUGAAAAUGACAUUGUACAUAUUAGAAAAAGAACCCAUUUUCUAUGGUAUAAUUUCGUCAAUAUGCUCGAAAAAAAACAGUCAGAACGAGUUAUGUAGAAAAUUAGCCUUCGAUAUGAUCAUCCAGAUUUCUCUGGACCAUUUACAAGAUCCCAGCAAAUACAACAACGUAAUAAAUCUUUGUAAAGAUGCGAUGUUGGACGGUUUGGCGAUCGAAAAUCAAGAGCUAUUGCAACAUAUCCAAAACUUCUGGGUGAAUUCUGAUGAGUUAUCCAAAAACUUGACUGAAAGAUUCAUACAAAGCUUUUCGGCCAUUUACAAACCUAAGAACGAAGAUGUAGUGUUAGGGACCGGUAUCAAUUUUUUCUUGAGUUUGUCAAAACUAGGUAAAGAUGUCGAUGAAGUAUUAUUCGAUCAUCCUCUGGAAGAUUGCGAUUUCGAAGACUACGAGUUGAGCGUGAAUUCGACCACUCAACAUCCCUAUGAAGUUCCCAUGUUUGCGGAAACCUUUUUCGGUAACCAGAAUGUCAAGAUUGGGAAAAAUUUCAAAUUUGGAGAAUUGAGAGCUACUCAAGAAGCAUUUUCUUUUUCUGCAACGGUGGCCUCCAAGCAGGAUGAGGCUGUUUCGCAAUUUCUUUCUUCCCAAUCUAGUUUGUUUUUGGAUGCAAGAAAUGUGCCAAGUGAUAAGGAGGAUUUCAAGAAUCCUAACGACUAUGUAAAAUGCAAAGUGUUCAAGAAACGUUUCCUGAAGAGCAAAUUGAAGAUUUCUGAAUACUGUGCCAAUUUCGAGGUGAAGUCCAUAAUCAAAAAAGGACAGAAUAGAGUGAAAGGAGCCAAGGAGAGAGACAGACAGGUGUGCAUAACUCGCACGUACAGGAAGGGGGAUUUUCCAGAUAUACAAAUACCUCUUUCGGCUAUUGUCGUACCAUUGCAACAGUUAUCGUUGGGAAAUUCGGAUGUCGCAAAGAUGUUAUAUUCCAACAUAUUCAAAAAGCUGAAGGAAAAGAUGAGCACAGAGAACUGGUCUGAUCUAGUUGAAGCGAUAAAUAUAAUUUUCAAGAAUUCCUCAGAAUUCAACACAAAUCUCUUUCGAACGUUGAUGGAUUUCAUAGUAACUUCGAAUUUCAAGAUGAAACUUGAUCCUUAUUUGAUAACGGAGUGCUGUUUAUCGAGUUCCCUUGUCUCAACAGGCACUCUCAUAAUCGAGGGCUAUCUGAUGCACUUAGAUGAGGGAGAACCUCAAGCUAAGAGGCUUAAGGGGAACAGUAUUUCUGAAGAGACAGUUCAUUGGAUCAAAUUGGCAGAGCUCUACAAAGAAAUGAACGAAUGGGAUGUGGUAUGUUCCAUCUUCCAAAACAAGGUGCCUUGCAACGAGGCCGUCAGAACCGCCAUUUCUGCAGAAUCUAGGAAACAGUGGGUCCAGGCACGUGAUUUAUAUAAGGACGUAAUAGAAAAAGACAUGACACAAGAUAAGAGAGACUUUUACUACGAGGCUUAUUUCAAGUGCAUCGCCAAUUUGGGCCAGUGGCAGAGCAUUUCGGACAGCGUCAAAGCCAGUGGUCCCGACUUUUGGAACGCCCUGUGGCAGGACGACUGGAAGCAGAAGAAGAUGCUACCCUGGUACAUGACCGCGGAAGUCAAUUGUAUGCUGUUCAAGCAGGAGCUCUCCAACGCCUUCCUCCAGGACGUCAACACUGCUCUUUGCGAGAACCGCAAGGCAGAACAUCUGAAACUGUCCUAUCCGGAGCACAUUGCGUUGAUGUGGAUGCUCAACGACGAUCUGGACGCUGCCGAGAUGUACUUGAGGAGCGCCAUGGAUUGUUUCCUGAGUCAGUGGCAGAUUUUGGAUCCCAUGUUUCGAGGCAUGCGUUUGAAGAAAAUGUUGAAACUUCGUAAUUGUACCACGAUUUACGAAUUCAUCGAUAUCUAUCGAAUGUUCGGCAAUGUGGAAAUAGAGAGAAUCGUCGAACACCUGGAAAUAUUGUGGUCUAAUACUCGUUAUGGAGCCUCCUAUCCAACCAUGCUACAGGAGAGUAGUAUUCUUCACUACAAGCAGUUUUUAAGUUUGAUUCAUUCAAGAAUAACGUCACUUGACGAUUCGGAUUUUGAUAUGUAUCUGGAAAAGAUAAAAACUUGGAAGUUUGAGUUGGAUCUGGGUCAGGUGGAUGCGGCCUUAAGAGAUAGUAACUUUUAUUUGGCUAGAAAAUACUUAGAACCUCACAGAAAUAAACAAGGAAUAGGCCUACAUAUGGCUAAAAUGAUGUUAAUCAGAUCUCAAUCGCCAGAUACAAUGAUAAAAUCUUUGAAAAUGGUAACAGAUCUUGUUGAGAAGGAUUGCGACAAAACCACUCAUCUUAAUAUUCGCUUAACCGGUUUCGAUAUAUUAGGUGAGCUUUCUAGGUUUAUCGCUAACAAUGAGGAUGUUCAAGAGAAUCUAACUUUGAGGAUACAACAGAUUAUUGGUCACGAGUUGUCUGAAUCCAGAACAUUCCAAGAUUAUGGUGCAAACCUACUAUAUCAGUUUUUAGAACAACACAUUUCUUCGGGAAGCACAGAAAUCUCCGAUUCGAGUAUAUCGGACGCGUACCUGAAGGUAUCCUAUUACCUCAUUGACAAGGAAGCACCCGAUGUUGAUGUUUUGAGUAAGAUGGUUUUGAGAGCUAUGAAACUUGGUGCCGCAGAAGCCAGACAAUUGUUUCCUAUUCUUUUGCAACAGGAAAAUCUGGGAAGUACGCACAAGUAUGUGUUUCAACAAGAAAGUGCUUUGGUGCCAACUUGGAUGUUCCUCAGUUGGGUUCCCCAGCUAUUAGCCAACAUGAAUUCUGACAAUAUAUACGCGAUAGAUUCUAUAAUAAUGAGAAUAUCGGAAACUUAUCCCCAAGCUAUUAUGUAUGCUUACAGGCUAAGUCGAGAAAAUUUUGAAAAGCCAAAUCAACAUCUUUCUGAGAUUGUUAUAAGGAUGGAUGGUUUACUUUUGAAUGAAGAUUUGGAUAUAUUUUUGAGAGCACUUGGUAACGUAUGCUUGCCUGAGAAGAAACUAGCAUAUUAUGUUGAAAAAAUACGGAAGAACUUGGGAAAUUCUGAGGAAAUAGAAAAAGUUAAGUCCUUUAUCCUGUCAGAAUUUUAUGCCGAUCAUCCCGAUUCCAAUGAACCAAGUUGUUUGCUUGGAAACAUUUUCAGAAGAAUAAAAGCACAUGAGAGCAAUUUUAAAGGACAAAGAGGUGAUUUGGACAAAUUAGAAGAGUUACUCCGAAAAUUGAAAGGCGACAAUUGCAAAGUCAGAAAUUCUUUACUACUCAAGGAUUAUUGUCCAUGGUUGGCCAAUUUCACUUCGACAAAAUUGAAUGUGGACUUGGAAAUUCCAGGACAAUAUAAUGGUAAAAAAAUGCCAUUACCUCAAUAUCAUGUAAAGAUAUACAAGUUCCAUCCAGAAAUCCUGGUCUUGAGUUCUCUGAGGAAACCCAUCAAAUUGACAAUUUUAGGAAAUGACACCAAGGAAUAUUCCUAUUUGGUCAAAUUUGGAGAAGACAUCAGACAGGAUCAAAGGAUCGAACAAUUGUUGGAUGUCAUGAAUGACAUAUUCCGAAAAAGCGAUAGCUAUUCCCAAGAAAUUUCCUUGGAAACCUUCGAGGUUAUUCCAUUGACCAGUAGUCUUGGUAUAAUAAGAUGGAUAGAUAAAACUCUUAUAAUGGAGACAUUCAUGAGACGUUGUUUGAAUAAUAAGAAAAAAUCAUUAGAUGGGCCUUUUGAGAAAUAUGUUCAAUUCAUAUACUCAUCUGCAAGGCGUAUAAAUUCUGACAAGGUAGCAUAUGGUGAAAGUUCCAAGGUUCACGACAGAAAUAAGGUCAUUUUGAAUUAUCAAAGGACAGUGAAUGAGAUAGAUAAGGACAUUUUGAGGAAAGCAUUCUGGAACAUGAGCACAAGUAUAGAAAGCUUCAUAGCUUUACGUCAUAACUUCAUGCGUAGUUAUGCCAUCAUGUGUGUGUCCCAUUGGAUAUUAGGUAUUGGAGACCGGCAUCUGAGCAACACUCUGAUCUGUUUGAAGAGUGGUCAUGUUAUUGGAAUUGAUUUUGGUUGCGCUUUUGGCACAGCCACGCAAAUGCUUCCAGUGCCGGAGUUAAUACCAUUCAGACUGACGCCGCAAAUUGUUAGUUUUAUGGAACCUCUGGAAGUGAAGGGCCAUUUCAGAGGAUCAAUGAUGAGCGCUAUGAAAUGUCUGAAGGAAAAUAAAAAACUACUUGUGGCUGUAAUGAGUGUAUUCAUCAAAGAACCUUCCUCAAAUUGGUUGGAAAUCUCUUCAAGUUCUCAGUCUCUUGGGGACUCAAGUUCGAAUUGGUAUCCCAACCACAAAUUGAAUCAAGUGAAACGAAAAUUAGAAGGAAUCAAUUCUACUGAAAUUGUUUUGGAAGAUCUCAGAGAUGGACAGGUGAAAGAAUAUUUGGAGAGCUACAGUAAAUUGGUGAAAGGUCUACCUAAUUGUGAUUAUCGUGCACAAAUAGCUAGAUGCAAUUUGUCUGUCGAAGAACAAGUCGAUUGUCUGAUCGAUCAUGCCAGAGACUAUAAUUUAUUAGGUAGAACUUACGCAGGCUGGAGAUCAUGGGUGUGAAAUCCAUAAAACAUGAUAAGUUCUGUUUGCUAAAUUUAAGACAAAUGUAAAAUACCAAUAAAAAUUCUAAGAAA